ACACACCCAACAACACUCAACAGUGAACAGUGAACAGUGAACAGUGAAGGACCAUGACCAUGAUGAGUGGAAGAGCUCUUGUUUUCUCUUUCUCUCCUCCUUCAACUUCAUCCUCCUCCAUUGCACUUUCACGCAGAAACCAUUUCAACCAUCUCAACCAUGCAACUUCAACUUCUUCUUUCCCUUCACUCUUCCCCUUACACUUGCUGUCACGGCGGAGCUGCCUUGUUUUCCGGUUUUCCGGCGAAAGGGGCGGCGGAAAGGUGUGGGCAGAUGUCAAGUCCGAGAAGCACGUGCCUGAAGAUGUUGUCCUUAAGAAGGCACGUGGUUUGGAUGAUGUGGAAGCAACUUCUUCAACAUGGUUCCCCAAAAGAUGGGUCAUUGUGAUUCUCUGCUUCUCAGCGUUUCUUCUUUGUAAUAUGGACAGAGUAAAUAUGAGCAUUGCUAUACUUCCUAUGUCAGCAGAAUACAACUGGAACCCCAGUACUGUAGGUUUAAUACAGUCUUCUUUCUUUUGGGGAUACCUCCUUACUCAGAUUGCUGGUGGAAUAUGGGCAGACACAGUGGGGGGAAAACAGGUAUUGGGAUUUGGCGUCGUUUGGUGGUCCAUUGCAACAAUCCUAACUCCAAUAGCUGCUAAACUUGGGUUGCCUUUCCUAUUAGUUGUUCGUGCAUUCAUGGGGAUUGGCGAGGGUGUUGCUAUGCCAGCCAUGAAUAAUAUUCUGUCAAAAUGGGUUCCGGUGGCAGAGAGAAGUAGGUCACUAGCACUGGUCUAUAGUGGCAUGUACCUUGGAUCAGUCACUGGACUGGCCUUUUCACCUUUCCUAAUUCAUCAGUUUGGAUGGCCAUCAGUAUUUUACUCCUUUGGUUCUCUAGGGACUGUCUGGUUGUAUGUGUGGCUUAGUAAGGCACACAGUUCACCUCUUGAAGAUCCUGAACUGCGGCCUGAAGAAAAGAAGUUGAUUACCGCGAACAAUUUUUCCAAGGAACCUGUGAAAACAAUACCUUGGAGAUUAAUUUUGUCAAAAGCACCAGUCUGGGCUCUGAUAGUGUCCCAUUUUUGCCACAACUGGGGAACUUUCAUUCUUCUUACGUGGAUGCCAACAUACUAUAACCAAGUCUUGAAGUUCAAUCUUACAGAAUCUGGGCUAUUUUGUGUUUUACCGUGGUUUGUAAUGGCUCUUUCUGCAAAUUUUGGUGGUUGGAUUGCAGACACUCUAGUGAGCAAGGGUAUGUCCGUUACAAGGGUUCGCAAGAUAAUGCAAACAGUUGGGUUUCUUGGCCCUGCGUUCUUCUUAACUCAAUUGAGCCACAUUAAUUCUCCCGUGAUGGCUGUUCUGUGUAUGACAUGCAGUCAGGGAACUGAUGCAUUCUCUCAGUCCGGUUUGUAUUCAAACCAUCAGGAUAUAGGCCCUCGAUAUUCAGGGAUACUUCUUGGUUUGUCUAAUACUGCUGGAGUACUGGCUGGUGUCCUUGGAACAGCAGCAACAGGUUACAUUCUUCAGCAUGGCUCUUGGGAUGAUGUUUUCAAGGUUUCAGUUGGGCUGUAUUUGGUUGGAACUGUGGUGUGGAACCUUUUUUCAACUGGUGAAAAGAUCCUGGAGUAACUUACUGUUACUGAUAAUUGGUACUUGUCAUGGUAGAUGAAUCUUGAGUAUUUUCCCACAGAAGGACUACGAGAAGAAAAGGAGGUUUAAUGACAAAGCAACUCAUUUUACUUGGACUUUUGAGCCUGACAAAAUGGUAAAUUUUGUGGAAAGAGCAUUGAGCAUAUAGAUCAAAGGGGUGUCAGGUGUCCUUGAAAGAUGCAUUGGCAUAGUUUAAUCCCUGAUGUUUUAUCAAGGGAGAAGGUUUAGAUUUUGCUCUCUUCUUUCUCUGCUUUUUUCUCAUUUUUGGUGGGAAUAUCACAUUAGUUGCUUGAUUUAGCAUCAUACAUGUAAAUAUAAUUUUCACACCAACACAUCAAUUUUGUGACAAUUAAUCAAGAAAAG